CCCUGCGCCCAUCCGGCUCCGGGGUCGCGUCGCGCUGCCGCUUGGGCGGGAUAGGCGGCGGCGACGACAACAAGUUUCACUUCGGGCACGGCGGGAGCGCCUCCGUCCCCGCCCCCCUGCUCGGCUCCCUCUCCUCUCCCUCCUUCCUUCCCUCGGAGGCGGCUCGCUGUCACCUGCUGCUGCUGCUUGCCGGGGAAGUGGUGCCUCACGCGGGGUGGCUUCCUCUCCUCCCGCGCCCGGGCAGCCGACGGGCUCCGUCUUCGAGGCGGGCAAAGCAGCAGCUCGCCUCUUUCUCCUCCCGCCGUCUCCUGUCCAAAAAAAGCUGCUGGAUGUAGAAGGAAAGUAGGUCAUUGAUGUAGAAAAUGCCUCUAAGGGACAAAUGUUGUCAGACAGACCACCAUCACCAUGGGUGCUGUGAACCAGUGCAUAUGCAGGAGGCUGGGGACCCACCUUUAUUGCAGCAGCCUCUUCAAACAUCAAAAUCUGGCAUUCAGCAAAUUAUUGAGUGUUUUCGUUCAGGAACUAAGCAGCUUAAACAUAUUUUGUUGAAAGAUGUGGACACCAUAUUUGAAUGUAAAUUGUGCCGCAGUCUCUUCAGAGGACUACCAAAUUUAAUAACUCAUAAGAAGUUCUAUUGUCCUCCAAGUCUUCGGAUGGAUGACAACUCUCCUGAUGUAAAUGAUAAACAAAGUCAAGCCAUAACUGAUCUGUUGGAAGCCAUGUAUCCAAAAGUGGACAAGCAAGAUUACAUCAUCCGACUGGAGCCUAUAGAAACAAACAAAAACGCUGUGUUUCAGCAUGUUUCGAAGGCUAACAGUGUCACUGAGAACAUUGAAAAGAACAUCCCUCCCAUUCAGCCCCCUGCAGAAAUGCCAGAGCCCAGCGUAGAACCACCUAAAGCGGUUCCAGCUCCUUCGGAAGCAGAAACUGUAGAGAUUCCUCCUCCACCCGCUGCUGCUGCUAGCAAGGUAAUGUCUCCUCCAGAAGAACCAUCCCCAUCCUCGAAACCUGAGUUGGAAUGUGAGAAUUCCAGUUCUGGACAUCAGUUAAUUUGUUGUCUCUGUAAAAAAGAAUUUCAUUCCAGACGCAGUGUACGUCGUCACAUUCGAAAGGUGCACCAAAAAAAGAUGGAAGAGCUAAAGAAAUUUAUUGAAAUUAAAAAAAAGCCAAAUCAGACUACUGGCAUGGGACGCAAUAAGAACGUCCUUGUCACAUUGGGCAGAAGUUGUCCUGUGUGUUUUAAAUCCUUUGCUACAAAAGCCAAUGUGAGACGGCAUUUCGAUGAAGUUCAUAGAGGACUGAGGAGGGAUUCUAUUACUCCUGCUAUAGCUACGAAACCUGGCCAACCUUUGUACUUGGAUAUAAGUAAUAAAAAAUCCCUGAAGUCUCCAAAACAGAAGUCUUCUUCAAAGGCAGAAUACAAUUUAACGACUUGCAAAUGUCUUUUGUGCAAGAGAAAAUACAGCUCCCAAAUAAUGCUUAAAAGGCAUAUGCAAAUUGUUCACAAGAUAACUCUUUCGACAAAAAGUACUAAAAGAGAAAAAAAGUCCAGUAGUACUGCUAACGCAGAGGUGAAAGUUAAAAUGGAACCGGCGGAUACUUCAGAGUCUGUGCCUCCUGUCGUCACUUCUGCUCAAAAUGAUGUGAAGGGAGCAAAUCAUUCGAAUGAGAGAAAGAACGCUUCAUCUACUGAGAGAAAGAACUCUUCGUCUGUUGAGAGAAAGAAUGCAGGACCUGCUGAAAGAAAAAAUGCACCAUCAGCUGAAAGAAAAAAUGCAUUAUCUGCUGAGAGAAAGAAUGCGUCAACUGAAAGAAAAAAUGCGUCAUCCGUUCAGAAAAAUAAAGUUAAGCAGGGUUCAGAAAACUCAAAGGCUGCUAAUCAAUCUGUAGUGAGUAGUGCAAGAAAACCCAGGAAACCAAGACUUUCAGCAGGCUUUGAUUUCAAAAAACUUUAUUGUAAACUCUGUAAACGUCAGUUUACUUCUCGACAGAAUCUGACAAAACACAUUGAAUUGCACACGGAUGGAAAUAACAUAUAUGUUAAAUUCUACAGGUGUCCCCUCUGCACUUACGAAACACGCCGAAAGCGUGAUGUGAUAAGACACAUAACUGUAGUACAUAAAAAGUCGUCGCGUUAUCUUGGUAAAAUAACUGCGAGCUUAGAAAUCAGAGCAAUAAAAAAGCCCAUUGACUGUGUUCUAAACAAGGUGACAAAAAGAGGCCCUCAGAGGGAUGAAGGAAAACAAAAUGGUUCAAAACAGGAUGCUGCCUCUAAUUCACCAAGUAAGAAGUAUGAAGGAGCCGAUGUCGGCAUUGAAGUGAAAGUCACAAAAAACUUUUCUCUGCACAGAUGCAAUAAGUGUGGAAAAGCAUUUGCCAAAAAGACUUUCCUAGAACAUCACAAGAAGACGCAUAAGGCAAAUGCAUCACACACACCUGAAGAAAACAACAAAACCAAAGGGAGAAGUACGCGAUCUAAAGCUCUUGUUCGAUGAGGAACAGCUAGUGCCUUCUGAAGUUUGUCUAAAUUUUCCACUUUUCUGCAUAAAUUGAUGCUAUAGGAGAUACAAAAAAAAUCGUUUAAUCGUUUCAGCCAAAUUUUUUUUCUAUAGCAUGAAACAAAGAGUUCACCGCUGAACUUCAUUCAGGACACUGCUGCCCAGUACACUUUUUAUUUGUGCCGGGUUAGUCCUUCAAGGUUUAAUAUUCAGUAUCAAGUUGUAUUGGUAUAAUACUUAGCAGUAGGUAUAGUAGUUCCAAAGGUUUUUGAAAAUUAACUUUGCACUUCUUUGGUACUAUUCAGGCUGGAGGAAAGUCUCUUUGUGGGCUGGAUAUGACCUGCAGGCACUGUAUUACCCAAGUCUGGUUUAGUCAGUUAGCAAACAUUUUUGGUGUAGAAUUUUCACAGAUAAGCUAAAAUGCUCUCGACAAUUAUAAAAUGACGGCAAAUAAAAAUCAAACUUACUUUUGAGGUGCAAUGGCAAUUGGUUGUGACACCUUUUUGCAUUAAUAAA